AUGCCAAUCAAAAUUCAAGACGAGUACCUAUCAUCUAAGGAUAUGCUCUCCAAGUCCGGCGAAGACCUGUUAAAGUCUGGGAUGUUUUCAGAUGUGAUAGUUAAGUGCGGAGACCGCGUCUGGAAACUGCAUAAAAUUAUUAUCUGCCCAAGAUGCCCUUACUUUAACAUGGCGUUCAAUGGCCAUUUCAAGGAAGCUACCACGGGGGAAAUCACCCUUCAGGACCAGGUCCCCGACGAUAUAGAUCAGAUUAUUCGUUAUCUAUACACUGGAGAAGUUUCGCAGCUAGUCAGAUCCCGUCCUUCCGACUAUUUUAAACUAGCAGAUUUCUUUCAAAUCCGCAGUUUAGUGAGAGAGAUCAUAUCAAUAAUUGAUCUUAAGCUGGAUGGUAUGGCAACACGUUUAGAGGAGUCAAUUCGACCGGGCACGGAUCUAGAAGCGGUGUUCACUUGUGAGGAAAUAAAGUAUUUAUUCCGAGCGAUCGAGACUUCAUAUGCCACAGAUUCGUCCUCAUAUGCACCGCUUCGGGAUUUGGUGAAAGACUUCAUAGUCAAGAGCGCAUAUAGAAUCACCCAGUACGACCGAUUUUUAAAGACCUUGGAAAGCAUUCCAAUGCUGGCUGUGGACAUCUGGAAGCUUCUCCAGGAUAAAUCAACAUCAAUCGUUAGCAAUCGUUCGGGAUGCUGGAAGUGUGGGCACAAAACAAAUGAGCUGGUGGGAAAUCGUCAUGGUCCUGUACUCAUAUGCAGACUUCAGGCUCUGUGCAAAGGCUGCAAAAAUUCUUACUAA